ACGCGGCAUAUAUUGAGGGAUCAACGUCGUUCCACGCCUUCACAUUAUCACAUACACAUACAUAUAUAUUCCGACGCUGCCACCUUGUCUUCCCCCCCUCUCUUCAAUCUCAGCAGUUCCAGCUUUGAUUUCUGGAGAAGGGCACUCUUUUUUGCUGCUCAAUGGGUUAUGCAGAAGAGCUUAUCACGCUAGAAGGAGAAGAGCCUCUGGCUUCCUUUGGGGUAAUAACUGAUGUUCAGUAUGCUGACAUCCCAGAUGGCGUCUCGUUUCUUGGUGUCCCCCGCUACUACAGGCACAGCAUCAACGUGCUGCAGAGAGCAGUCAAGAAAUGGAACAAAGAGAAGGUGGACUUUGUGAUCAAUUUUGGGGACAUGGUUGAUGGAUACUGCCCCAAUGAUCAAUCUCUAGCUGCUGUCAAGGAUAUUGUCAAUGAAUUCAGCCUCUUCAAUGGCCCAGUAUAUCACCUGAUAGGCAACCACUGUCUGUACAAUCUCCCGCGCGACAAAUUGCUACCUAUGCUUAACAUCCCUCCAAGUGAUCUCCAUGCCUAUUACGACUUCUCCCCUGUUCCAGAGUACAGAUUUGUGGUUCUUGAUGGCUAUGACAUCAGUGCCAUUGGUUGGCCUGAGGAUCAUCCAAAUGCAGUGAAGGCAGUCGAUUUUCUUUGGGAGAGAAAUCCAAAUUCAGAUAAGAAUAGCCCUAACGGACUUCUUGGAAGGGACAGGAGGUUCCUCAUGUUCAACGGGGCGGUAGGGAAAGAGCAGCUUGAGUGGCUGGAUGGAGUCCUUCAAGAUGCAACCAGCUUGAACCAGAAGGUGGUGAUCUGCUCCCAUCUGCCUUUGGAUCCCAACGCUUCGUCUAAUGAGGCGUUGCUGUGGAACUACAACGAGGUGAUGGACUUGAUACACCGGUAUGAUUGCGUGAAGGUUUGCCUUUCAGGGCAUGAUCACAAGGGGGGUUACUCGGUGGACUCCCAUGGGGUCCACCACCGGAUCCUUGAGGCCGCGUUGGAGUGCCCCCCGGGGACCAAUGCUUUCGGGCACAUUGAUCUGUACCCCAAUGGUUUGCUGCUGUCCGGUACUGAUAGAAUGGAGACUCAAGAGAUGGUUUACAGUCGCUUCUAGUCGAUCACACCCUGAUGCUUUUUUAUGUCUUAUGUUGUGUUGUUUGAGGACUGAUGAUUUGUGAUUGAUCCAUGUGAAUAUACAUGAUUCUUGAUUUCUUCUUGAA